GGUUCUGAGCGUCGCUUGAGGCCGGGUUUUGAUCAGAUUGGCUCCAACCCAGAUCUUUCCAUUAACUUUUACAUCUUACCGUGCAUUUGCACAUUUGUUCUACAAAACUCUGGGUCUGAGAUACCACCACAACAAAAAUGUACUCAACAGCAAAGAAUUUUAGGACAUACAGAACUGAAGAAUACAAAGGUGGUGGUAACACCUCUCGAGGAAGAGUGAAUUAUAAGAGUUAUUUCCAUGAGAAUUGUGGUGAGGAGAACGUUUAUUAUAAAAACAAUGGAUAUAAGUCUAGGCUUUCCCAAUUCCAGGAAGAUGAUGGAAAUACAGCUAUGAGUGAUAUCCAAAAGGACCUCCACCCAAGACACAACCUUUCUACCACUGAUGACAACAAUAGAAAAGUGGCACGGGACAAUAAAGAUCUAAUCCAUAUUACUGAGUGGAGAGAUGGAAACCAUCAAAUGAGAAACAUGAACAAGAAUGAGCCUGGGUGUAAGGAUAGAACAUUUCCAAUGACAAAAAAUAAGGGGCCUAUGCCAAAAUAUAGAACACCUUCAAAGAGAGAAAUAGAAGAGAAUGGACAGAAUAACAUUUACGGAAACUGGUUCAAGAUCACAAUUCCUUAUGGGAGAAAGUAUACCAAAACUUGGCUACUGAAUUCCAUACAGAGCAAAUGCAGUGUUCACUUCACUCCAGUUGAUUUCCACUAUGUAAGAAGCCAGGCUCACUUCUUUGUCAAGAAUAGUACCACUGCUUUUGCGCUGAAGAAUGUCAACUAUAAGAUUCAUGAUGAAAAUAACCAUCAGGUAAGGCUAUUUGUCAAAGAAUCUGCGGCGCCCUCUUCCGAGCAGAAUAAGUUAAAGCCUGAAGAAAUAGAGCAGCUAAAGCUGGCCAUGAAGAAACGAUUUGAUGUCUCUCAGAAAUCGCUUAACCUCCAGAGCUUUCGCUUUGACCAAGACUUAAUGAGCCAUGAUAUUGACAUGAUCCUGAAUCGAAGAAACUGCAUGUCUGCCACUCUGACAGUCAUAGAAGAGAAUUUCCCUGAGCUCUUGUCCUUGAACUUGUGCAGCAAUAAACUGUACCAGCUGGAUGGCCUGGCUGACAUUAUACCAAAGGCCCCCCAAAUCAAGAUCUUGAACCUCUCCAACAAUGAGCUGAAGUCUCUGCGGCAGUUAGACAAGAUAAGAGAGAUGAAACUUGAAGAAUUGUGGUUACAAGGAAACCCAUUGUACAACAACUUCUCAAACUAUUCCACCUAUAUGAGUGCCAUCCUGGAUUAUUUUCCCAAGUUGCUGUGCCUGGAUGGCAAGGAUGUCACCCAUUCAAUGGAUGUUGAGACUGGAGCUUCAGAGAUACUGAAACCCUCCAAGAAAAACCAUGGAGUAUCUGAGAUGCUGAAGAAUCUAGUCCUACAAUUCCUAGAGCAAUAUUACUCGAUCUAUGACUGUGGUGACAGAAGCCGUCUCCUUGAUGCAUACCAUGAUGAAGCCUGCUUCUCCCUGACCAUUCCCUGCAACCCCAAGGAACUGGUUCCACUAAGCUUGUACAAGUACUCAAAGAGUAACAGAAAUAUGAAGAAUUGCAAAGACCAUGUUCUCCUGACUCAACUGCUGAAACACACAAAACGUGAUGUUGUUGACUUCCUCAGGGUGUUGCCCAAAACUCAACAUGACCUCAGCUCCUUCAUGGUGGAUAUAUGUAUCCUGACCGAAAAGAUGCUUUGCUUUUCUGUUAAUGGUCGGUUCAAGGAGGAAGUGGAAGCAACAUGCCCAGUUAUUCUUCGUGCCUUCACUAGGAUCUUCAUUGUUAUUCCUGCCAGCAAUUCCAGGCUGUGCAUCGUGAAUGACACACUGACUGUGAGUAAUGCCUGCCCCAAAGAGAUCCAGAGCGACGUCUCUAUCCCAGCGCGAGCACCCUCUUCCAUCCCUGUGCCUACCAUCUCCCAAGAGCAGCAGGCUAUGGUGCAGGCGUUCUCUACCCAGUCUGGGAUGAAAUUCAACUGGUCUCUGAAGUGUCUGGAGCAAAAUGAUUGGAACUAUGCUGUAGCUGGACAGAACUUCACUUUGCUCAAGGCUGAGGGUAAGAUCCCAAAAGAGGCCUUCCAACAAAUCUCCUAGAAGGAUCCCAUAGAAGUGGUUUUUAUCUUCAUCAAGAACAACUUUAUUUCUCUUCUUUUCUGACUGAGGCCACACCCAUGAGUGAUAAUAUAGGGCCCGCUUGAUCCAGAAGCCAAAGUAACUUGUAGGUCUGCCUUUGAACCGCUGGAAGACCAGUUGUUCUGUGUAUCUUCCUCAUUCAUGAUUCUUACUGAUUUUCAUAAUAAAAAUUGAUGUUGCACAUUGUA